CUUCCAUGCGUCGCUUGCCGCGCCAGUCUCCCGACCAUAAAUCCCCCUUGCCGUGUCACUUUCCCGACCACGAUCUCCAAUCUGGUCCCCAAGCAAGACUCGUGUCUUUCUAUUUGAGUAAUCCUCUUUGCGCCCGCCCCUCCGCCUCUCCGCCUCUCCUCUCCGCCUCUCCACCUUUCCCCAAUCUCGAUCUCCCCAAACCCCAAACCCUACGUUUUUCUCCGAAACCUUGUGCCCCUCACUGGCCCAUACACCAUACUGAUAUCAUAUCAUCACCAUGCUGACUGACGCACUGGUUGUCACCGAGGCCGGUGCUCCCUUUGAUCUCCAGAGCAUCAAUGUCGACGACAAUAUUCGCGACCAUGAGGCGCUGAUUGAGAUGAAGGCGACCGGAGUUUGCCACACGGACCUCAACUUUCGCCGUGAGCAAUCAAUGCCUGGCUUGUUCCCGGCUGUGUUCGGCCAUGAAGGAGCCGGUGUAGUGGUCAAAGCUGGUUCAAAGGUCCAAGCCUCGCCCGGCGAUCAUGUCUUGCUCACCUACACGUGCUGCGGUGACUGCAAGUACUGCAAGAGGGGAGAGACAUCCUUCUGCUACGAUUGGGAACACGAUAAUUUUGGCAUUGGAAGGCCCGAUGGAUCGAAAUCGUACUCCACGACGGCCGGAAAGGAGGUCACUUCGCAUUUCUUUGGGCAGAGCAGCAUGGCCAAGUAUGUUGUCGUGAGCGGCCGCAGUAUGAUCAAAAUUGACCAGAGCCUUCCGCUCAAUCUGCUUGCGCCUCUUGGUUGUGGGUUUAUGACAGGCGCUGGAGCGAUGCUAAAUGUCGUUAAGCCAACUCCAGAUACCUCCGUCCUCGUGGUGGGUGCGGGAGCAGUUGGUUUGGCUGCCAUCAUGGCUCUUGGCUUGCUCGACAAACCCCCGAAGCAGGUUGUUGCCGUCGAUGUCGUCCCGGAGCGCCUUGAACUUGCCAAGAAGUAUGGAGCGACCCAUAUCAUCAAUUCAAAAGAGAGCCCUGAUCUCAAGAAAGCCAUUUAUGCAAUCACAGAUGGAAAGGGCGUUGAUGGUGCUAUUGACACCACCGGGCGACCUCAGAUCGUCAACACGCUCCUGGAUGCCUCUGGGAAGAAGGGACUUGUGGUUAGUGUUGGCGUCGGUCAGCUCACAGCAAAUAUCGAGUCCAAUAUCUUCAACACUGUCAACUCUGGUCGGUCGUAUGUCGGAUGUUGCAUGGGAAAUUGCUUCCCCCAGGAAUUCAUCCCUCGACUUCUGACUGGAUGGCGUGAGGGCAAGUUCCCGUUCACGGAUCUGAUCAAGCAAUAUCCCGCGAAGGAUGCAGAGACUGCUGCUACAGAGGUGCUGAAGGGGGACGUAGUCAAGGCUGUAGUAGUAUGGGAUUAA